AUGGCGGCAGUAAAACCGAUAGACGCGUCUUCGAUACACAGAAUUUGUUCCGGGCAAGUUAUCUUGGAUUUGGCAACUGCGGUAAAAGAGCUCGUUGAAAAUAGCCUAGACGCACAGGCAAAAACUAUUGAGAUUAGGUUUAGAGAAUAUGGUUUACAUUCAGUUGAAGUAAUUGACGAUGGUAUAGGAAUAAAUCAACUUAAUUAUGAGCAACUUGUUCUUAAAUAUUACACAUCGAAACUCUCGAAAUUUGAGGAUUUGGAUAAAAUAGAAUCCUUUGGAUUUAGAGGGGAAGCCCUUAGUUCUCUUUGCGCUUUAUCUAAAGUUACAGUUACAACAUGUACUCAGGAGGAAGUCCCAACUGGAACUAAGUUAGAAUAUGAUCGCAAUGGACAUCUCGUGAAAAGAACAAAGGUUGCACGUGAGCGAGGCACAACUGUACUGUUACAAAAUUUAUUUGAAUCUUUUCCUGUUCGGUACCGAGAUUUCAAAAAGAACAUUAAGCGCGAAUUCGGUAAAGCCUUGACUUUGCUGCAAGCUUAUGCUAUAAUAUGCAUAAAUACUAAAAUAGGCUGUACAAAUCAACCGAAUAACAGUGCAAAAACAAUAGUAAUUAGUACCAGCUGCAACGACACUAUGCGAGAAAAUAUCGCCAAUUUGUUUGGCGCAAAAAUCGUAACCCAGAUCGUGCCGUUGGACUUCACUGUUGAGUUGAAACCAGAGAGACAAAUGAUUCCAAAAGAUUCGGACAGUCAACUUGAAAGUGAUCACUGCUCCGUUCAUCUCGUUGGUUAUAUAUCGAAACCCAUGAAAGGAUAUGGUCGUGGGAGUGCAGAUAGACAAUAUUAUUUCAUCAACGCUUUGAAUGAAUUGUACAAGAGCUUUAACACAAAUCAAUAUCCGUUCCUUGUUGCUGAUUUCAGACUUGCAAAAUCUACUUAUGAUGUUAACGUCAGCCCGGACAAAAGGACCAUUUUUAUUCAUGACGAAAAUAAGAUCAUUGAAGCCUUGAAAAGCGAGAUGGAACGCGUUUUGGAGCCAUUCAGAUCUACUUUCACUAGUCUUAAUGCAGAAGGAACAAAGUUACCUACAGAAGAAAACUUGUUACAUCAUUUGGAUUUAAAAGAAGUCAAAAAAAAAACACAAGAAAGUAAAGAAAUCAAAACGCGGGAUGACCACGAUGACGAUUUCCUUGAAGGCGGGCACCAAUACAAUAAUACUGAAGGCAGUGUAGUCCAAGUUAAUGAUAGUGAUGAAGGGACUUUAGGAAGAAUUGAAAAAAACGUAGCAUCCCGUGAUGACAGUACCAAUGAAUUAUCUAGGAACAAUUAUUUAAGAAAUUGUCGGGUCACCGAAGUGCUUGAGAAAGAUAAGAAGACACUUGAAUCAACAUCGAGUCAUCAGAUUCAUACUAAAAAGCGAAAAAUUUCUCUUGAAAUUGCCAACGUGCCUGGAAAAUCAAAUUCCAUGCAAAUCGCCGACGAGGAUUUUAGUAAUAAUGAUAGCAUCGACUCAUUGCAAGAUUUUGAAGCAAAUAACAAAAAUUUCGAAGAAUCUCUGGAAGAUUCAGUCAGUGCACAUAGUUAUGACAACGAUCGAACGUUAUCAAAACGCAAAUUCAAACUUACUGGAGACUUAUCACAUGAUCAGAGUGAAGUCGGAUUAGAAGGCGAUGCUAAAAUGUUUAAUUCAAAUGAUAAGCAUCGAAUUGAGCUUGCCUUUGAUAUUAUGAGAUAUGAAUCACCUAAAUUCAAAAACAGGACAACAAUUUGUACGAAAGGGAGAGAUAAUAUAAAGUUUCAAUUACGAGAUUUAGCAGGUAUUACAGUGACAGAUAAUAAGGUUGCUGAAAAUGAAUUGAAUAAGAUUUUGACGAAAGAAGACUUUGAGCAUAUGGAAAUUAUUGGACAAUUUAAUCACGGAUUUAUUAUUACUCGACUAAAGAACAGCGGAGAUUUGUUUAUUAUUGAUCAACAUGCGUCUGAUGAGAAAUACAAUUUCGAAAAACUUCAGCUUCACACCAAGAUCGAAUCUCAACGGCUAAUAAGUCCGCGAAGACUUGAACUUACUGUCGCCGAAGAAUUGGUAGCGAUUGAAAAUAUGAAGGUCUUGCAAGAUAAUGGUUUCGAAUUGGAAAUUGAUCACGACGCAAAACCUUCAAACAAGUUAAAAUUAUUGUCGCAACCAAUAAGCAAAAAUACGGUAUUUGAUGUCAAAGAGGAAUUGAUUCAUCUAUUGACCGAACGACCUGGGGAGAUGGUUCGGUGUUCACACGUGCGAAGUAUGUUUGCCUCUCGGGCCUGCCGUAAAUCCGUGAUGAUCGGAGAUGCGUUAAGUCGUCAACAAAUGGAAAAAAUUGUCAAGCACAUGGGAGAAAUAAAUCAGCCUUGGAACUGCCCACAUGGUCGGCCGACCAUGCGUCAUCUUUUUGAUUUAUCGCAGCUGCCUGCUUUUCAACCUUAUUAUAUGCGUCAGAGGAAUAAUCAGGGCAGUCUUUUUAGAAAUAGACCUG